AUGUCAGAAAUUGGAGCUAAUCAUCAACAACAAAAGAUUGUUGAUCAUACGGGAGUGAAGGGUCGCUCUGGGAAGAGAGGAAGUGAUGGAUUGCACGGAGCAAUCGGAGAAGAGGGAAAGCAUGCAUUGAAUGCAACGUAUGGGUGUGAAGGUGAGAGUGGUGGGAGAGGUGGAAAUGGUUAUAGUGGUGGACAUGGAGGGCAUGGUGAGGAUGCAGAGAGUGGCAUGAAUGGAAAUCCAAUUAAGAUCAUUCUGGAGGGUGAUAUCAGUUCUAAUAAUAUGGUAGUGAGUGGAGAUUUGGAAUAUAAAGGAUGUGUUUGUGAAAUUUCAUGUGUUUCGAAUGGAGGCGAUGGUGGUAAUGGAGGAGAUGGAGGUAAUGGUGGAAAUGGUGGAAAUGGUGGAAAAGGAGGAAAUGGUGGUAUUGGCGGGAAGGGAAAGAAGGGAACAAAAGGGCACAAUGGUGAAGAAGGAAAAUCUGGUGCUGAUGGAGGAGAUGGAGGUUAUGGUGGAUGUGGUGGUUACGGAGGAAGAGGUGGAAAUGGAGGAAAUGGUGGAAUAAUUCACAUUGAUGCAAUCAAUCCAUACUUGUUAGAUUAUUGUUUUGCAACGAGUAGUGGAGGUAAAUAUGGUUUGGGAGGUUCUGCAGGAUCGGCAGGACAAGGUGGAUUGGGUGGAGAAUCUGGUGGAGAAGGAGGAGAACCUGGAGAAUCAACCAAAAAGAUUGUCAGUAUAAAUCCGAAAGAUAAUUCACCAAUUGAAGAAGAAAUCAAAUACGAAAAAGGAAUUCAAGGAAGAUCAGGAUUAAAUGGUAAAACUGGAAGUAUAGGAGGAAAUGGAACAAGUGGGUUUAAUGGUCACAAAGGAGUUGAUGGAAGUUCUGGAACAAUUUUAUAUCGAAUUCUCGAUCCACAAACCAGAUUAGUGAAAGAGCAAUCUCCAAUCAAGUACAAAAUUUACAUGUCUGAUUUCAAGAUUAUUCCAGUUGUGGAUGAUGGAAUUAUUGAACCAGGUGAAGAAAUUUUAAUCAAAUCAUUCAAAAUUAGAAAUAGUGGAGGAUUGACUGCACCACCAGGAGCCGUCUUCCAAGUGAAUAAUGGAGAGAAUUUCACAUCCAACGGAAUGGUUUAUUUACUUGGUCAAGCUUUGGCACCAGAUGAAGAAAUUACUGUAAAGGAUUUUGAAUUUAAGGGGAAAAUAGCUGAAAGAGCAAGAACACAAGUUAUGAAUUACGGUUCAUAUAGAGAUACUGCCUCUUUUACAACAUGUACCAAAUAUUUUGAUAGAGUACACCAUUCUGGAAAGGAAGGUUCCAUGUUUAUUCAAUUACCAAUUGAAAUUCAAUCCGUUUCGUCCACAAGAGUUUUGGAUAAGAAAGGAAGAGGAAACAUUUCAAUUAUUGUGAAAAAUGUGUCAGGUCUCGAUAAGGGAGGAGAUGGAUCAAAGAUUGGAUUGAGACUCAAUUAUGAUCCUAAAAUCCAAGUCAGUGAUUUUGGAAUUCCAUCAUGUGUCAUGGACAAGCAAAACAGUUCACUAUUUAUUGAUGUGACAAACAUUUCAUCACUUUCAACAUUUGAACAGAAAGUAGAAUUUUCAAUCUCUGAACAUGUGAGCUAUUUUGAAAGAGUUUCAGUUUCAGUUACUCUUGUUUACAAAGGAGAUGAUAUUGAGAAACACAAUAUGGACAUUCGUAUUGCUCCAAGUUAUGUUCCUAUUAAGGAAGGUGAGGAAAAUCCAUACGAUAUUUUAUUCUUUACAGAUUUACAUAUCAGUCAAACCGAAUAUAAUUGCUAUAUGACCAUAUUUGAUGGAUUAUCAUUGCGUGCCAAUGUUUGGGAUAUUGAGCUCAAUAAUGGAGUUUCGUAUUUGAAUGAUGAUGGAGUGAAUAGACAUAGAGAUAGUUGGAUUAUUGGAAAUCAAGGAAAAUCAAUCGUCUUUCCAAUGAAACAUCCAAAACAAAUUGAAUUGAUGAAUCCUAAAGAUAUUGUCCAAGUUUUGAAAAGCUCAGUUGAUGGAGGUUUGAUUCUAAUUGGUGAAUUGACCACUGACGAAUUCAUAUCACACAUGAAGACAGGAGCUACUGAAACUCCAAUUCCGGAUGAUGUCAUUUCAGAUAGUUUCGUCUUUUCCAAGCCAACUGAAGAAAUUUUCAAGCAAAAAUGUGAAGAAUUUGUGAAACAACUUUCCAAUGCCACCAUUGCUUCAAAUAUUUCAUUAGGAGAAUUGAAUUUCAAACCAAGAAAGAUAGGAACACUCAAAACCCUAAUGGGAGAUGCUAAAUAUUUAGUCGUUGGAUUAUCAGCAGCUGCCAAUUGUUAUGGAUGUCAUUUUCCAUCUAAGGAUUUCCUGAGCUUUUCAUCUGACAAUAGUGGAAAACUUGUGACAUCUCAAGGAAAAGGAUUAAUAUUCCUCUCCACCUUGUUAUCCCUUCCAGUUCCAAAGUUGUUCCAAAUUCUCUCCAAACCAACGGAUUACCUCAAAAAUCUUACAUUUUCAAAUGAAUAUUCUGGAAAGGACGAAACCUACUAUGAUGUAAUCAUUUGUGCAAUUUAUUGCCGUCUCUAUUCCUGCUUAAUAUUCAAUGUCAGAUUAGAAGAAACUCUCUUUUCAGUUUUGGAACAAUCCGAAUCUCUCAUCAACACUUCAACAGUAGAUUCCUCCCUCAAGGAUGCUAUAUUCGAAAGUCUAUUCGUUGCCUUCUGUCAUCUCCAUUUCCAAAUCAAAUGGAAAGUCUCAACCUUCAAAACCAUCCAACAAAAAGAACUCUACGAUCGCUUCAUGGACACUCUCUCACUAAUCCUCUACAAACAAAUUGGUGAACAAAAAUUGAAAAUUUUCAAAAAGAAAAUCAAUGAAAAGGUGAAAAACUUGCAAAAAGAUAAUUUUUUGUAUCCGUUUGAUGGAGUUUUGCAGAGAUUGAUGGUUGGUGGAAAUCAUUUGGCUGUAGAGAAGGAGAUGAGAGUGGUGGAGAGUAAGGUGCCGAGUGGAAUAUUUUCGUCAGCAACGUCAGAUUCACCUGCACAUUUCUUGGAUUAG